AUGAUUUUGUCUGAGAUCCGGCAUUUUAGUAUGGAGUCAUCAAUCGCUCAAGAACCUCCAAAAAUCAACAACGACGAAGAAAUAAAAAAAUCUGCCAAGAAGCAUAAGAGCGAAAAGAGGUUCGAAGUGAAGAAAUGGAAUGCUGUAGCUUUAUGGUCUUGGGACAUAGCUGUAGAUAACUGCGCUAUAUGCCGCAAUAACAUCAUGGAUUUUUGCAUUGAGUGUCAAGCUAAUCAGCAAUCUACGACAACCGAAGAGUGUACAGUAGCAUGGGGUAUCUGUAAUCACGCUUUUCACUUUCACUGUAUCUCAAAAUGGCUGAGGACACGCAAGGUUUGCCCUCUAGAUAAUAAGGACUGGGAGUUCCAAAGAUAUGGAAAGUGAUACCACUGUAAAAAUUUAUCAAAUGCGGGGGUAAAGGGCAAGUGAACUGGUCUCUUCGAGGCACAUCUUAUGAUGAAAAUAGCUCUACUAGCAAAAUGUAUAGUGAACGUAUUAGGUGGAUAGAGGUAAAAUGUGGCUUUGAAAUAAAACAUCUUUUUUGAAUGUA